GAGGAAAAGAGAAGGAUGUGCUACUUCUGGCAGAGAGUGAUUGGGGUAGUGGCAUCAUGAAUUCUCCGCUCUCCUUUGCCUGGUUCCAGGGCAAUGUAUCUGGGCUUCUCCAAGUGUCCUUCCUGCUGGGCUUGGGCCUGCUGGUGCUGAAGGUGGCCCAGAUGUAUGUGCGCAGGCAGAGGCUGCUUGGAGAUUUCCAGAAUUUCCCAGGCCCUCCUUCCCACUGGCUCUACGGGAACACCUUGGAGUUUCCAGUGGAAGAAGAGCUACCCAAAAUGGCUUCUUUGGCAGAGAAAUUCCCGUGUGCCUUUCCGCGGUGGUUGACGGGCUCCUGGAAUCUUCUCCAAGUCUAUGACCCUGAAUACAUGAAGCUGAUAUUGAGCAAGAGAGAUCCAAAAUCUCAUGAUGUCUACAAAUUCCUUAUCCCCUGGAUUGGGAAAGGGCUGCUGGUCCUUAAUGGGUCAGACUGGUUCCGGCACCGGCGGCUGCUGACCCCUGCCUUCCACAGUGACAUCCUGAAGCCUUAUGUGGGGCUGAUGGCUGACUCUGCCCGAGUGAUGCUGGACAAAUGGGAGAAGCUCAGUUACCAGCCUUUGAGUCUGGAGAUCUCUGAGCAUGUCAGCCUAAUGACCUUGGACUCCCUCAUGAAAUGUGCCUUCAGCCAUCAGAGUAACUGUCAGAUGGAUAGGCACUCAAAUUUGUACAUCCAAGCUGUUCAUGACCUAAGCUAUCUGCUGAGUUCUCGGAUGCGGAAUGCAUUCUACCACAAUGAUGUCCUCUACUGGUUCAGCUCUGCUGGCCGUAGAACCCGUGAGGCUGCGCAAAGGGCCCAUCAGUACACAGACCAGGUGAUUCAGAGGAGAAGGCAGCAACUCGAACAGGAAGGAGGGCUGGAGGCCAUCUCCAGAAAAAGACACUUGGAUUUCCUGGACAUUCUCCUCUGUGCCAGGACAGAGGGCGGUGACAGCUUGUUGGAUGAAGAGCUGAGGGCUGAGGUGGACACAUUCAUGUUUGAGGGCCAUGACACCACUGCCAGUGGCAUUUCUUGGCUCCUGUAUGCCCUGGCCACACAUCCUGAGCAUCAGCAGAAAUGCCGGGAGGAGAUCAGGGGAGUCCUAGGGGAUGGGACCUCUAUCACCUGGGACCACCUGGGCCAGCUUCCAUACACCACUAUGUGCAUCAAGGAAGCCCUUCGUCUCUAUCCUCCUGUCCCAUCCAUUGGCAGGGAUAUCAAAGAGACCAUCACCUUUCCAGAUGGACGCAUCUUAAGAGCAGGAAACUCAGUUUCACUGCAUAUAUAUGCUCUUCACCACAACCCCAGGGUGUGGGAAAAUCCAGAAGUGUUCAAUCCUUUCCGGUUCUCCCCUGAGAACUUGACUCUCCAGCAUUCCCAUGCCUUCCUGCCCUUCUCUGCAGGAUCCAGGAAUUGCAUUGGACAGAAGUUUGCCAUGAAUGAAAUGAAGGUGGUUCUUGCUCUUACCCUGCUCUUAUUUGAGCUGAAGCCAGACACUAUGAAGCCUCCCCUGCCUAUUUCAAAGCUGGUUCUCAAGUCCAAAAAUGGGAUCCAUCUCUGGUUGAAAAGACUCCAUUAAUACUGCUCCAGAGAGCAGAAAGAGUCUUCCCUUUCUAUCAGUCAUCUGUCUGACUGUUUACCCUCUCAACUAGGACCUUCCCUCAUUUCCCUCUUUCACUCUUGGCUAUAAUAAAGAUCCCACAGACUAGA